AGAAUUCCUUCCCAAUAUCCCAUCUAACCCCGCCCUCUGGCAGUGGGAAGCCAUUCUCCCUUGUUGUUACAGUUCUUCCAAAGCCAGUCCCUCUAAACCCACCUGAAGAACAGCACCGCUCACAUUUGGGGUCUGUUUUCUUUCUUUUACCCCCAUCUCCUUGGUUUUAGGGUUCUCUCAGCACUGGAUGGAAUUCUAGUGUUUUUUGAGCUGCUGAGGAUCAAACACUUCAGUCCGUGGUGUAACUUACCUAACAGAGAUGAAGAAUUUGGGUUCUUGAGGGGUCUUUUUCUUGCCUUGUUGAGGAAAGGAUCUUGAAAGUGGAAACUGUCUCUGUGUUUUGUCUGUUACCAGGUUGCUCCUUCCCUUUGAAUUUCAGGAGCCAUGGGACCAUCAGGAGAGGAGGAAGUGCAGAGCAUAAUCCUGAUCAGUGAUGAUGAGGCCGAGGACACUCUUGGGAAUUCUGUCCUGUUUGUAGACCCCCAGGAGAAAUCUACCCUGGGAGAGGAGAAACCUGAGGUUGUGGAUGAGGAAUGUGAAUUAAUGGUGACUUUCUGUAAACAAGCCAAUGUGAUGCCUCACGCGAGAUACGACUGCACCACACACCCCUUCGAGAGAACAGAAUGUGACACUUGCUCACCCCUGGGCAAAAACGCUGAGAUUUGUGACCAGUGCUACUGCUACAUCUGUGACAAACUGGCUUCUGAGUGCCAGAACUGGACAACCCCCUCCCUGUGCCACUGCAACGCCCACAACAAGAGCAGGUUCUGGAAGGAGCAGCGGGACUUUGCCCUGGCCGGGGUCCUGGUCAUGUUCAACCUGGAGCUGACGGACAUCGACGCCGAGCUGCGCCACGGGGGAAGUCUUCUAAUCAAAUUUAUGCAGGAACUUUAUGUGGAAUAUAAUAAGUAUCUGGCUGGAGAAAGGAUACCUCCCACACGACAUGAAUGCUUUUGCUUGCCAAAAUUGCCCCCUGGGCAGUGCAAUGCCUGCAGGUCACGGAACAUGGAGGUUGUGUACAAGUAUUCUGACGUUUUUGCCCUGGUAACAAGAUUUUUAAAUCAGGCAGAGCAAGAAAGUCCUAAAGCUGCUGCUGUGAUGCUGCUGGGAGCAGCUAAAGAGAUUGCAGUGCACAAAGACCCUGCCCUAAGCUGGCAGAACCUUGGCCAUACUGAUUCACUAAAGAUUGCUGUCCCAUGUCUGUUCCAAAGGAUCACAACCCAACUUCAGAGGAUGCUGGUGUUGUGUGACUUUCCAAAAACUCUGUAUGAAAAGUUCAUUCAUUUCUUUCAGUCCAUCUCCCUUCCCUGUCACUGCUUUGGCUUCUCAAACAGCCUGAACGUGGUGCCCUGGGAUCACGUGUUGCUGACCACGGUCCUGAAAGGCCAGAACAUCACCGGGCAGAGGACCCAGAAAGGCAGGAAAAUAUUCCUCUGGGAAGCACUCCCUGUCAUCGAGGCUCGAGUGGAGAAACUGGUAGACAAAAAGAAAUAUAGAGAAGUUGUUCGUUACCUGAGAGCUGUGAAAUGCAAUGACACCAAAGGGUUGAGAGACCUCCGGGAUAAGAUCCCCUUCUACCUGUGUAAAACUGGGGAUUUCCUGGAUGCUGCCCAUUCCCUGCUGUUCCCAGUGAACAGCCUGGCCUGCUGCUCUGCCUGCAGGAUCACCCCCUGCCAGUUUGGGGCCUACCUCAAGAUGUUCAGGACGGGCAGUGUCCCCCCUGGCAAUGACAUGCUGCAGACUGGGCCCUGGCUCGCAGUUGGCAAGUGUCACUUCUUGCUUCUCUGGGUUAGUAUCUUGUUUGUGCCAUUCUGUAAUUUUCCAGGGAACCUUGGAAUCCCUUGUUUGGGAUUUAUUUUUUUCUCUCCUCUUGCAGGGUCUCCCCUCAGGGAUGGUGUGCUAAUUAAACAGGCACUCAAACUGCUUUACAGCAACGAGUCACUGUACAGGAAUCCCAAAUGCUGGAGUUCCCUCAUCAUGGUUUUGGGUAGUAGCAAUUUGCUGGCAAAAAGUGGGCACCUAAAUCCUUUAUCCCUGAAGGAGCCACCACUUGACUUCCAGGAGGGAGUCCUGGCUGCCAGUGGGAGCCUCUUGGAGGAACUGAAGGCCAAAGUUAAUGUUUCUUUGCCACCUUCUAUUUUCUCUCCUCAGCUGCGCCACGAGGCUUGUCUCAUCAUGGCAGUAAAAGCAGUGCAACGGAUGCUCUUUUGUGACCUUCCAUACCUGACUUCCUUCUUGGAGAUAGCCCUGGCCUUUGGGAAUAACUUCUGGGCUCUGAGGCUGUUACUGGAGCACCUCUCCUACGAAAAACACAUUCUCCAUGGCACUGUCUCCCUGAUUUUGAGAGACCUCAGUCAUCAGAAAGCAACAGUCCUAAAACUGUGGCAGAACCUCGGUGCCCAGUACGUGGGUGAGUUCCUGUGCCUGUUCCUGACCUGCAGGCACCAGGAGAUCCAAAACAUUGGCCUCUUCACCCUGAACAUCAUCACAGAGAACCUGCACAUGUGUCCAUGGGCAAAGCAUCUCAGCAUCUUUUUCCACAAUUCAGGAUUGAGGCACCUCCCCCUCGGCGCAGCAGUUCACCACGAAGUCUCCAAGUUCAUGAAAAUUUUUGAACAACUGUGAUUCGACUUCAAAUCUUGGGGAAUGUUUUCCAGUUUUUCUGAGCAAUGUCUUCCUGGAGCCCCUUGGUUUUCCUUUGGUUUUCAUCUCCAGAAACAUUCAGCUAAAAACCGACUUCAGGCCAGGACCCUGAGCUGGGAGAGGGACAGAGCUGUGGUUUGGGAAUUUCCUUUCUUGCAGUUCCACGUGUUGGAAGGGGUUUAAGUUGUUUUUAAAGAGUUGAUCCCCAGAGAUUCUGGGAGAGGGACAGGGAUGGAGUUGGAGCAGAGCGAGUUUUCACUCCUGUGGGGACAGGACAAGGCAAAACUGCUGAGAGGGGGAAAGCUUAAACCAGGGAAAGUCCUGUUUUCCAUGAAACCACGAGCCACUGGAGGCUGAAAGAUGGACUGAAACUUCAGUGAUCCCAGUCUGGCAGCAAAGGAAGAUAAAUGUUCCCAUGUGCCAAACUGCACUUUGCACAUUUAGGGGUUUGGGAGGGGUUUGUGGCUUUUUGUUAUCCCAAAGAAGCUGCAGUUACUUGAGUUUUCUAAGGAGUGUAUUGAAAUCAACAGCACAUCAAUUAAAUAUUGUCACUUG